AAUGUCACAGGGCUAGCAGUUUCGGUGUUUCGGAAACUUUUACACACAAUAGCGUAAAAUACAUUACUUGCGGUUUGAGUGUACUAUUAUUUCGAUCAUUUUAAGGCCCACAGUGUGCCGUCGGUGUGGUUUGUAGAGAUAUCAUUAAUAGCUUGUAAGCUCUUGGAAGGUUUGCGAUUGUGCCUGCUCUAAAAUCGGAUGAGCAUAAGCGAAACCGUAAGAUUCCGUGUUCGGAAGACUAUUGUAUCGUUUUCCUGUGCUUCGUGCGACAGUAGUGAAUCGGGGAACGCAACCAAGCAAACAAACAGCGGUGGCCCAAAUCUCGAUCGAUUGCGAUAUGGCUGAAACGGUAACGGAUGCGCCCUCGGAACCAGCCCAUUCGGAGAUCAACCUGCAUGAGAACAGUACCAAUAUCGUCGGUUCCACCACUAACACCACCAACGCGCCCGAAUUGCUGGCCGAAGCGGUGAAAGUACCCGGCAACAUCCAUACCCCGGCGGAAGGAUUCAUCUGUGGCGUUGUGGAAGGAUUUUACGGUCGGCCAUGGACAACGGAGCAACGUAAGGAUCUGUUUCGCAAGCUGAAGCAAUGGGGUAUGGAUUCGUACAUUUAUGCACCCAAGGACGAUUACAAGCAUCGGGCAUACUGGCGUGAACUGUACACCGUCGAAGAGGCGGAUCAUCUGACCGGGCUGAUAACGGCAGCACACGAACAAGGCAUCAAUUUUUACUACGCCCUGUCACCCGGUCUCGAUAUAACGUACAGCAGCGCGAAGGAGGUCAGCGUCCUGAAGCGUAAGCUCGAUCAAGUAUCGCAGUUUGGGUGCAAAGCGUUUGCGCUACUGUUUGAUGACAUCGAACCGGACAUGUCGAAACCGGACAAGGAAGUGUUUCAAAGCUUCGCACACGCACAGGUUUCGGUUACGAAUGAAAUUUUCAACCAUCUGAACUGUCCCCGGUUUAUCUUCUGCCCGACGGAGUACUGUAGUUCACGUGCCUCGCCUACGGUCAAGCAGUCCGAAUAUCUAAACACGCUCGGCUCGAAACUGGUAAAAGCGAUCGACAUCUUAUGGACCGGACCGAAGGUAAUCUCAAAGGUGCUUACGAUCGAAUCUAUCGAGGAGAUUACGGAGGUGCUUAAACGACCACCGGUCAUUUGGGACAAUCUGCACGCGAACGAUUACGAUCAGAAGCGGGUGUUUCUGGGACCGUACAGUGGACGCUCGCCAGAACUGAUACCGCUGCUCCGGGGCGUCGUAACGAAUCCUAACUGUGAGUUUCACGCUAACGCAAUCGCCAUACAAACGUUGGCAUUCUGGAGCAAAUGCAGUGCGGAUACGAAGAUUUCCAGUUCACUUUCGCCCGACAUUAAGCUAGAGACCGAGAACGAACAGGGCAUCUGUGAGGGUGAUGCCCCGGCGUUUCUGUCCGAAAAUGUGUACCAUCCACGGUUGGCGCUUAAAAAUGCCAUCGCUAACUGGUUGCCUGAGUUUUUUCAAGAAAAGGAAGCAUGGGGCCCGAUCACCAAACCUCAACCGGCUGUGACAAUGGUGAUGCCCAUCAUUCCUAUCAUACCAUCGGUGAAUACCUGCAUGACCUUGACAUCGACCAGCACAACCACCACGACCACUGCCACGGUUCUUCCGAUGCCGGAGGUCAAUACUACACAGCUGCAGCUGUUUGCCGACGUGUGUAGCAGCGUGACGAAUGUGGCCGAAUCACUACCCAACCCUAUCAUGAACUCGCUCGUCUCCGCUACGAAGGUGGUCACCAAUGAAUCUCUGCCAAAUCCAGUGGCUGCCGCGGUGAACCACAUUGCCAUACCGCCGACGAUUCCUAUCUCCAGUAUUGCGGUGCCGCUGUUAAACAUUAAACCUUUGGAACCGGAAGGAACGGCAAGCCGUAGCGAGCAGGUUGCCAGUGUAGAUAUGGAUAAGGCUAAUUCGAACGAUGGUUCCUCGGAGGAAGUUUCAUCCGGUACCGUACCUCCCCUAGAAGGCGAUGCCGUAAUACAUGACGAGUCGAACGAACAACGGACAGCACCAGACGAACAGUCACAGACGAUUGCGGAAGAGGAUGGUGUUUCAGAGCAGGAAGAAAAAAUGCUGGAACUGGAUGAAAACGAGGUGAAAAUGGUUGAUGCAAGUGAAGAGCCGGAUGAUAAGAUGACGGUAAGCGAUGAACAGGUGCCAGUCAAUCCGCAACCGGUGUUGGAUAAAAUGGUCGACGAAGAUGACGGUAAGACGGAUGUUGUGUUCAGUUCGGUAAGUGCCGCUACGGGAACUGUUGUGCCGGAACCGAUGGAAUGUGGCAGCAACUUAACCUCUCCCAGGCAUCAGCUGAAAAGCCAUUUCGAUGAUAUCGUCAUGUCGGAAACAACGUCUACUUGCUCCGGAACGAUGCAGGUUGAAAGUUCCGACACAUCGUUAGAAAUGGCAGAAGACAAGAAUAAUUGUGAAAAACAGAUCACCGCCGUAGAUAUAAUGUUGCUGUGCGAUCUGUUUUAUCUACCCUUUGAACACGGUUCGAAAGCAUUACAACUGUUGAGUGAGUUUCACUGGCUUCGAAACAAUGCGUACGUCCUCUGUGCCCAGCGCACUAAUCGUGUAGGGAAGCAGCGCACAUCAAGCACAGCCAGUGGAAGCAGUCUUGCAGGCACGACUUCUACCGAGGGUUCUACCGUACCACAAGCGGAAGAUAUCACAGAAACAUCCAACGGUUCAACGAUCGAUGGACGAGAUCUGAGCAAGUGUGAUGCCCAGGAAUGGCUUCGGCGUUCUGAAUCUUUUCAAAGUCUAUGUCAAAGUAUUUUCCUGCUAACAAAAAAGAUAUCUCGCUGUGCAAACAAGGAAUUAUGCUACGAUCUCUUUUCGUACGUUUGGGACAUUGCUGGCGUGUUAUCGCUAUUAAGCGCUUUCGUCAAGUGGCUCUCGAUGGGAAAUUUUCCACCAAAUAUCAAUUCCUUCAACCAAGGCGGAUACAAUUGGUUCAGCAAAGGAUGGAAGGAAACGUUCAUGUCCGGUGACCAGGAGCCGUGGAUAUUUCGUGGUGGUUUGGUAGCCGAUCUGCAGCGUUUGAUACCACUGGAUGCAGCGAAUGAUUUGUUUCUGUAUAAAACGCCCGAAACGUCUUCCGUUCGUCUAUAUUCGAUUCGUCCGUACACGUUCAGCGACGAGACCACACUGUACGAUAUCUGUCACAAAACGGCAAACGAUGGCGAUGUGUUAGAUGCGCGCCCAACGCAGAGCACGCUCACGCAUCUGAUAGCGGACCGUUAUCUCGGUCCCUUUCUAACGAUGGCACCCGAAUUUUGUAUGGUGAUCGAGGAUCACAAUGAGCAGAUCGUAGGUUACGCAUGUGCCGCAUUAGACACAAAAACAUUUAUCCGAAACAUGGAACACUGCUGGAUACCGGAGAUGUGUUUAAAGUAUCCCGUAUCGCUUGCAGCGCCGGAACAAGUAGCCAGCAGUGAAGUUAAUCCUGGCGACAUUUCGUCUCCAGCUGUGGGAAAAGCAUCACAGAUGGUGUGUGAUAGUAUUAACUAUUUUCAUAACUUUAAAAACGAAUAUCCAGCUGCCGUACUCGCCAAACAUCCAUCGCUGAUGUGUUGCCGCAUUUUGAAGGAACAUUUCCUGGAGGAUGAGACUGUGUGCAAGCGUGUGGUGACGGUACUGCUGGCGGCUUUACGCUGCUACGGCUCAUCGUUCGGUGUCCAUGUGUGCAUCAAUCGGAACGAUCGGUUUCUUUAUCAGUUUUAUGCGAAACUUGGUUUCGUAGAGAUUCCGGUCGUUGAGCCGGACACGAGCCUAUACAUGGGGAGGAAUUUUUAAUAUCUUCGAUUGCCGUUUACCGAUAUUCGAUUUCACAAGUGACCAAUACAGCUCCGUCCUACAGUGUAAUCCCAGAGCGGUGUUGCUCUAUGGCGGUGGCGAUGGUUUGUGAGAAUUCAUUAUUUCGAUUGCAUCGUAUUUAGCGUAUAAGUUUGCGGAUCUUUUGGCGAUGCAAACAUAUGUAACAAUCGAAAGCGAGAAACAUUGUUUACUCCUUCCAAGCUUCCUUAUUAAUGCAUCUUAUCGCGCAUGUGGAAUAUCGGUUAACGUAACUGAAAUUGGCUUAAUAAAUGCAUGUAAUAAACGGUACGACGUUCAAGCGUAAGGUAAA